AUGGCCUCGCAGUUUCCGACACUAGCUUCGAUGCAACAACCAUGCCAGCACAACUAUGCUUAUGCACCGAAUCUUAUCUUCGAGUCAGCAUUUUCCGUCUGCGCAGUCUGCACCACAGAGGCUCGCAUCAGUGAAGUAAGAGCCGCGAAAUCUGCAUUAGCUAGCCGCGGUGGUAUCUUCGAAUCCUCAAAGGCAGGGCCAGAGCUGCGUACGAAUGGUGUCGAUGACCAAAGUUGGAUGUCACACAAAGAUUGCACGAGUCGGUGGAAGAGGGCAAAACUCGAUUGUUGGAGACUCGUUGCGACCCUGGAGAAGUUACGAGAUGAACAAUCCGACAUGGCAGAGGAGUGGGGAGUCGACGAGGCGCUGUAUCUCUGGGAACUGGCAAGAGACGAAUGCUGGAAGGUGCCUGGCUGUCGGUAUCUGGAAGAUUUCACUCCCAAUGAGACAGAAUUGAUAUCACGAUCGCAGAUCACGCAGACUGUUUCGGAGCCUACAACCAAGGAGGGGGAAGAUUCUGAGGGCAGUUGGGAGACGGUUAAACGUAUGUGGAAGAGGAGGUCUCAACCGAUCGAAAAUUCGUUCCCAGACGAGCACGGACCGCUGGAUGCCGACCAGGUGACUCUGAAAGAGAUGGAGGGAGUCAACAAUAGGCUAGCAGAUCCGAGUUCGACACCUAGGAACCGUUUCGACACGCUCGUGAAAGACGGCAGAUGCGCCACUACAGCAGCUGUCGCAAAAGCCAUGAACAAGUCAAAGAGCUUACUCAAAAGGGACAUGACACUAACUGAUUCUCACACUCGCAAAUCGGUCAGCAUUGACAUGCAAGCCACUGUUCUCCCUUGCGAUCACACUCCAGCCACGACGAUGUCACACCAUGAGCACACAAUCAUGGAGCGGAGCCGUAAACGCCCCUCUUACAGUCGAAGCUCCCGUUUCUAUGCGCCCUCACGCUGGGCGAGUCCAGAGGGCUACGAGAAAGACGAUACUAGUCAUUCCAAGACCUCUUGGGCGACUGUUGAUCGGCUCCAAAAGGAGUUUGCGGGUUUGGACAUGGAAUCCGAGAAGAAAGACGAGGUGCUUACUGAGAGAGCUGGAGAAGCUGCCGCUGAGCAAGACAAGAAAGCUAACUUGAGGAAAGUAAAAGACAUGGCCUUUCGCGCACGGCGACCGCCAUGGCAAGGAGAGAGGCUCUUUCAUGAUAGUUGGCAGAGUGCUGAGCUUCUUCAUAUGGGGGACUACUUUAAGAAGGCGCUCACAGAGGAUGCAAAUUCAUCAUCAAUGAGUCAAUCGCACCGUAAAGCAUUGACGAGGGGUCUUAACGACUGCGACAGUGCUUUGAUGCGGGAGAAGGAGGAGAAAUGGAUGAAUGCGGAGAGUGAACGAUAG